AUGGAACAGGCUCUUCGUAUACGGCUUGAGCUUAGCAAGAAUCAGCUGAAUGCAACCUUUCUUAAGGCUUUGGAGGUGUUGAGACAGGUUGAACAUGGAGGAGCUGAUUUGUCAGAAGUCAAGAGGAUCAAAUAUGAGUUGAGUGUAGUCACAUCAAAGUUCAAGGAAGAAGUUCUCCGCUACAUUGAUAAGAUUGCUGAAGUAUCAACGGAUAUAAUUAAGGACUAUACAGAACUGGAACUCAAAGCUGAAAAGGCCAUUAUGUACCUUUCACAAGAACAAUGCGAGCAGCCGAGGCAGAGUAAUUGUGCAAAACUGCCCAAACUACAACUGCCUGUAUUUGAAGGAGAUAUUCUUAAGUGGCAUGAUUUUUGGGACCAGUUCGAAGCAAGUGUGCACAUGGCAACCACCAACAACGCAUUGAAGAUGGCCUACCUUGUUGCGUCACUGAGAGGUUCAACUCUAGAAGCUAUUGAGGGUUUGGGAACAACCAACCAAAACUACGACAUUGCAGUAGAAACUUUAAAAAACCGGUACGGCAACAAGCAGUUCCUAGUUGAUGCCCACUACAAUGCGCUACAUCAGUUGGAGUGUGCUAAGGAGACACCUAGUGAUUGUAGACGAGUCCUCAACAGCGUUGAGAAAAAUAUGAGAGUGCUGCAGUCACUGGGCGAGGACAUAAAUGGCAAUGGGUUCCGGACUAUAUUGCUGAACAAGUUUCCAGAGAAAGUAAUGUUUCAGUUGAAUAUUGCUAUUAAAAGGGAUAGUACAGUCUUAGCAAUACGAGAACAGCUUGAUAACAUAAUUACUGCAAUGGAAUUAUCUCAAGCAAAGUCAGAUGUGGUGUCAGAAAACAGACCUACAUGCUCAACGGAUGCCCUACACAUACGGACACAAACGCGCAAUAAAGGAAGGAACUGGCAUAACAAUAAGUUAAAAACUGGAACAUCGACAGCUGACAAAAUACAAUUGAAGCGAAAUAUUACAACUGGUGCAGAUAGCAAUGUGAAAAGGACACGUAGGUCCUGCAUAUUCUGUGAUGGUGGACAUUAUAAUGACCAGUAUAAUACCUUUAAAGGUAUGGAAGAGAGAAUCAAGAAGAUAGGGAAUGAGUGCUUCAAAUGCUUUCAAGAAGGACACAGAAGUAAGCAGUGUCAAAAAAGGAUAAUAUGCUACCACUGCGCAGGACCCCAUAACCGCGCCCUAUGUCGUAAGAAGAUAUCAGGUACGAAUACUGGUCUUACUAAAAUACCAAAUGUUACAUGUCACAGUCAUAGCUGUAGAUCCUUCUUACAGACGGCAACGGCAAGGGUCCUGAGUAACAAUAAGAAACAUCCUUGCAGAAUUCUCAUGGAUAGUGGUAGCCAGAGAAGCUACAUAACUACACGCCUAGCAAACCUGCUAUCCAUAACACCUUCUGGAGAAGACCUGCUAAUGAUUUACACCUUUGGAUCAGAAAACCCUUUGGAAAUGCUCAGCCCUUCAAUCGAGAUCACAAUAGAAACUAAUAGAAGCAUACAAAAACAGAUACAGGUCAAUAUUGUACCCAACAUUACAGAGAGGAUACCGGUACCACAGAUAACUUCCUUAGACUCAGUCGAUGUCAUGGCUGAUGAUGGCUCGGGUGGUCAAGGAAUUGACAUUCUUAUCGGUAAUGAUUAUUACUUCUCAUUUAUCACAGGGAAAAGGAUUAAGUUGGAUGAAGAGUUAUAUUUGGCUGAUACUGAAUUUGGCUGGAUUUUAUCAGACUGUGUGGAUACUGGCAAAGAUGAAGAUACCCUCACAGUAGUGACAUACCACCAAUCUGAUCCAGGUUAUUCAUAUUUUACUGACCCUGACCUGCCUCUACAAAAUAUGGACAUCAAAUUCUUGUGGACUUUAGAGAAUAUUGGCAUAACCGACUCUGCAAAAACAACACGAGAAGAGGAAGCCGUUCAUCAUUUUAAUGAUACAGUUCAGUACCAUGAAGGGAGGUACUAUGUAAAAUGGCCAUGGACGCAGCAUACUUCAAACUUACCAACAAAUUAUGGCUUAGCUUAUGGUAGACUAAAAGGUUUAUUACAACGUUCAGAUUUUGCUACAUUACAAGAAUAUGACGAGAUAUUGAGGGAACAAUGUGACUCCGGAAUUAUCGAAGUAAUAGACCCACAAAUGAAUGCAGAAAAUGAAAAAGGACCUCCGAUUCAUUAUUUACCGCAUCAUUUAAUAAAACAAGCCGGUAAGCGAGGACGCGUGGUAUACGAUGCAUCUGCGAAGUUAAAGAACCAGCGAAGUUUGAAUGAAUGCAUGUACAAAGGGCCAUGUAUGCUACAAGACUUGACUGCCUUAUUAUUGAACUUCAGAACAAAUAAAAUUGGGAUACUUGCGGAUGUUGAAAAAGCUUUUUUACAAGUUGGGUUACAGCCUGAAGCUAGAGACGUGACUCGGUUUCUAUGGAUAAAAGAUAUCACGAAACCGAUUUCAGAUGACAAUCUUAUUCACCUGAGAUUCUGUCGUGUACCAUUCGGCAUUAUUUCUAGCCCCUUUCUACUCACAGCUACUAUACGUUACCACUUGUCUAAGAAGAAUGGUGGUAUUCUGGAACGUAUUGCAGAUAAAUGCUAUGUGGACAAUUUAGUUACGAGUGCCAAUAACCGCAUUCCAAGAAUUGUCAAUGAAUAUUCGAGAUUGGACUUCCAAUGA